UUUUUUUAUUUGUUUAUACUUUCACUAGUUUAGCUUUAAGGGAAAACUUCUAAAGAAUUGAGUGGUUGUUGUUGUUGCUGUUGUUGUGAUUAUUAUUAGAGAAGAUGUCAACUGCUAAUCGUGAAAUAAUCAGCAUUCCUGUAAAUUGUGAAAAACGUACUUUUGAAAAACAAAGACGCGACUUGUUGAAUAGUUUACAAAAUAAAAAUCAAGAAAACUCACUUAGUUUAUACAGUGAUGACUGGUCAGAUAAAAUUGACAACUGGAUAACUUCAUCAUGGAGAACAUGGGACAAAGAUAUACAACGUUUAAGAAGUGGAAUGUUUUCCCUGUUGCCAUUGAAUGCUUUUGGUCUACUGGGUACAUGUGAUCCACUUAUAUUAAUGAAUGAAAUGGAACAUCAGGUACAAGAUAUAAAAAAUCAAAUCUGUGCUAAUGAUAUUCCAUCAAUCGGUGUAUUGAAUGAUUACCUUAAAGAUGCUUAUGAAAUAGGCGAAGAUGGAAAGUUACGUUUCAAGGUUCGUUUUGAUGUGAAUGGAUUUCAGCCAGAAGAUAUCCAGUUGUCAUUAGAUGAUAAUUAUAUUAAGGUACAAGCAAAGAAAGAGAUUAAAACCAAUAAUUCAUGUACUUCUCGUGAAUUCUGUCGUAUAGUUGGACUACCUAAAACUAUUAAUCCUAACGAAUUGAAAUCUAGUCUCACUAGUGAUGGUGUACUGAUGUUAGAAGCACCAGUCAGUGUGCCAGAGAAUCAAGCAAUUACAUUCAAUAAUAAUGGUCAGAUUGCUAUUCAACCGAAUACAAGUCAGGACAAUGCACUAGUUGUUAAAGGUGUUCAUGGUUGCUCAUUUGUAGAGGAUGAAGAUAAGAAGAAGAGAUUACAUAUAGAAAUGCCAAUAGAUCCAAUCUAUAAACCGAAAGAUUUAUCUAUUGGGAUCGAUUCUAACCGUGUAAUCAUUUCUGGUCGACAUCAUAGUGAGGAAAAUGUUCAAUCAGGGAAUUUGGAUUCUUUCUCUGAAUUUAGUCAUUCUUAUAAAAUACCUGAAACAUUGGAUCCUUUAUCUGUUAUCGCUCAAAUGAUUAAUGAUACACUGGUUUUGGAAGCGCCAUUAUUGAAUUCUAAUUCUAAUUAACUAAUCAAUUAAUGUUAGAUUAUUAGAAUUGACAAAGACUUAUGCUUCAAUGUUGUACCUCUGUGUAACUUAUUUCAAAUAAAUUAAAUGUGUGCAC